AAUGUGGAAUGUCCCCACAUUUCCCACAAUUUUAUACAUAAAAGAGAAGCAAUUCUCUUCAUGUGUAAUUAGCAAAGAUAAGCUUAUUCUUAACUUAUUUCUGAGUCGCUAAGUCAUUUGGUUCGCCCUGUACAUUGGCUGAUGAGCGGUUAUAAUUAAGCUUUGGGCAGUUCUUUCCACAUGAAUAUUAAAGUAAUUCAGGUAUUUGAAGGUGUGACAUGGAAUGACUUCCUCUCUCAGUGGUUCAGUUGGGUGCUGUGUCCUGGCCCCCGUUAGCUGGCCCAGGAGUGUCUGCCAUAUAUACAUUCAAGCUAAGUGACCGCUCCUCAGCUAAAAUCCAGGAGCACACAGACACCAGAGUUAGCUUUCCAUUAAGGGAAUGCUUACAAGAAACUGGCCCAGGAUAAAGCAAAGGCUAAGGGACAGAAAGAAAGCUUGAAUUACAUUAUUGCAAUAUUCUGCAAAAUCAGAUUUCGGCUUCUGUCCUGCUUCUCUUUGGAGCUGAAAACGCCUCGAGUUUCUCCCUGAGAAGCAUGAGCAAUUGCGGGACCCUGCCAGCUUCCAGCUCUCAGCCGUAGAGGUGUGGAGCGGAGCACACCAGCUGCUGACGGAGGCAGGGCCAGCAUGUCUCCUUCCUUCAAACUCCGGUGUCGCUUCAUCCUGAUCUUCCUGGUGGCUCUGAGAGGGGAGAGCCGAUACCUGGAGCUGCGGGAAGCCGGGGACCAGGACCCUUUCCUGCUCCUCAGCGCCCACCUGAAGCGGGAGCUGGCGGGGGAGCCGCUGUACCGCCGCGCUCUGCGGUGCCUGGACAUGCUGAGCCUGCGGGGCCAGUUCACCUUCACCGCCGACCGGCCGCAGCUGCACUGCGCUGCCUUCUUCAUCAGCGAGCCCGAGGAGUUCAUCACCAUCUACUACGACCUGGUCUCCAUUGACUGCCAGGGCGGGGACUUCCUGAAGGUAUUUGAUGGUUGGAUUCUCAAAGGGGAGAAGUUCCCCAGUUCCCAGGACCACCCUCUCCCCACAACUGAGCGGUACAUAGAUUUCUGUGAGAGCGGUCUUGGCAGAAGGAGCAUCCGAUCCUCCCAGAACGUGGCCAUGAUCUUCUUCCGCGUCCAUGAACCAGGAAAUGGGUUCACAUUAACCAUCAGGACGGUUCCCAACCUCUUUCCCUGCAACGUCAUUUCCCAGACCCCAAAUGGAGGGUUCACCCUGGUGGUUCCACAUCAGUAUCGAAACUGCAGCUUCUCCAUAAUUUAUCCUGUGAUGAUCAAAAUAUCUGAUCUCACCCUGGGACACUUAAAUGGCCUGCAGUUAAAGAAACCUGCAGCAGGCUGUGGGGGGAAAGGAGACUUUGUGGAGCUGCUGGGAGGAAGUGGAUUGGACCCUUCCAAGAUGAUGCCUUUAGCGGAUCUCUGCUAUCCCUUUCAAGGCCCUGCCCAAAUGAAAAUUGGCUGCGACAACACGGUGGUGCGCAUGGUCUCCAGCGGAAAACACAUAAACCGUGUGACUUUUGAGUACCGCCAGCUGGAACCAUACGAACUGGAAAACCCAAAUGGAAACAGUAUCCGGGAAUUCUGUUUGUCUGGUCUUUGAAUAACCAAUCCAGUGAUUUACAUGCUGCUAGCAAAGUGAGUGCUUAAUAGGUAUUAUAUAUGAUUUCGAUGACCACUAGUUUAAAGCCUUUCCUACCAGCCAGUAUUCACAGCCUUGAACACCUCCCUCUCUCUCUCUCUCUCUGUCUCUCUGUCUCUCUGUCUCUCUCUCUCUCACACACACACACACACACACACACACACACACGCGCGCGCGUUUUUGUACCUUGCUUCUUUUUCAUUUGUAAUAUAUAAAUGACCACAUGGCCCCCACCUUGGUAGUAAAACAGUUUUCUGUAAUUCUUUGGUAUGCUACAAACCUGAACUGGUAAGACAAGUGCAAAGCAAUGUGCAAUUUUAAAAAAUGUGUCUCAAGGAAAAAUACUAUAAAGAGAUAAAAAUGGUGGCAUUCAUAUCAGUUCUAUAACAGAAAACAAUGGAAUAUCUGUGUACACCAAGGUAGUUGCUUCUGUUUUUAUUUUCUGCUUAUUAUUCUGUUUACAAUAGGUAAUAGUUGUAGCUACUACGUAUUGAUUUGCAUCAACUUGUUUUUAACAAACCUUUGUAGCAAGGAAAACCUUUCCUAUCCAUAACACAAAAGUGAAUAAAUACACUUGGGGUGUUGCCACCUUGAUGCUG